AUGGUGCAGCCGAGAAAGAACUACAAAGAAGAGAAUAACAUUAUUAUUUCGUGGACUAACAUUGUGAUGAGCGAAGAAAUGGCAAGUUAUGAGUUCAAGAUGCCCACAUCAAUUUUGCUGGAUAAAACAGACGAAGACCUUGUGAUAAAAUGGACAAAGUGUAAGCAACAAUUUAAAACUUUCUUACUGGCAGCGGGCUUGGAACAAAAGUCUGAAAAUAGGAAGGCGGCAAUAUUGUUAAAUUGUCUGGGAGAACAAGUGAAAGAUCUCUAUUACAACGUGCUGAAUGGGUCGGAGGAAAACCAAAAAUACAUAGAUGUAAUCCGUUUACAAGAUGACUAUUUCCUCAAUAAAGCAAAUGAGAUCAUUCAAACAUUUAAAUUCAAUAAAAGGAACCAAUUUCAUGGAGAAUCGUUUGAUGCAUACUUAAGCGACUUGAAAAAGAUGAUAAAACAAUGUAAUUUUGGAGCUGUGGAAGAAAGACUGUUAAGAGAAAAUUUGGUGAUGGAAGUAUCAGAGGCACAGAUUAAAAUAUUCUUAGGCAUGGUAAAUUAUCUAAGAAAAUUUAUUAAUAAUUUAGCGGAUUUAGUACCACCAUUGCAGUUAUUAUUAAAACAAAACACAACAUGGUUAUGGACUGAUUUACAUGAAAACACUUUUAAUAAUAUAAAAACCCACUUAUCUAAAGCUCCAGUGUUGCAAAAUUUUGAUAGUUCUUUGCCUAUUACUAUUCAAUGUGACGCAAGUAAAGAUGGUCUUGGAUGUUGUUUAAUGCAGAAUAAUAAGCCAGUAUCAUACUCUUCCAGAAGUCUCACUAAUGCAGAAAAGAUCUUUUCACAAAUAGAAAAAGAGCUCCUAAGUGUGGUUUGGGCAAACAAAAAGUUUCACUACUAUGUUUAUGGAAGACCUUGUACUAUACUAAAUAAUCAUAAGCCACUAGAAACCAUAUUAAAAAAGAGCAUCCAUGAAAUACCAUCUAUUCGUUUACAAAGACUUAAAUUAAAAUUGUUGAAAUAUGAUAUCACUUUUCAGUAUCUAAAAGGUAAACUUAUGUAUAUCGCUGACUUGUUAUCUAGGUCUUAUUUGGAUGAAAUUGAUGAGGAUUAG